UAAAAAGCACAUGAGUGUAUUAGUUCACCGGCUCGAUACACAUAGCUCCUAAAAGAAUUCAAAAAUAGCUAAUAUUUAUAAAUUAAUAAAUUGAAUGACAUUGAAUUAGACUAUUUAAUUAAAGUAAUGAUGGAUUCUAUUCAAGCCGGAUCAUUAUCAGGAGCAGAACGAGAUGAGUUUAUACAACAAGUUAAACAAGAAAUUGCUGUAGCUAGUGCUCAAGAAUUACUUACAAAAAUCACAGAGAAGUGUUUUAAAAAAUGCGUCAAUAAACCUGGUACUUCUUUGGAUAGCUCUGAACAGAAAUGCGUUGCAAUGUGUAUGGAUCGUUAUAUGGAUGCAUUUACUGUCGUUUCGAAAGCUUAUGGUAAUCGAUUACAAAGAGAGCGUAAUAAUAUGGGAAUGAGUGGAUUAUAAUAAAAAAAA